GCUACGCUGGCGGGGGCUUAUAUGUGACUGUCUUCGGUAUGUUUUGGUGUGGUGUGUGAAGUGUUGAGAGAAAACGAAUGUCAAGCUAUAUUUUAUGGCAGUUGAGAGAAAAUGAAGCUCACGACUUUACGAUUCGACGAAUCUCUCCGCCGCAACCCGUGGCUGCUGCAGUGCACGCUGGCUUCCCGCAACCUGGCUCGCAUGGAGAACUGGCCACAGGCGGACUUCCUUGCCCCCACCUUCCGCGCCCCACCCCCCCGUGGGAGCCACCCGCGGCAGAGUUCUCUGCCACACAGCUGCCCGCCAGCAAGGCGCUCUGCGCCGUGGAGGAGAUGCGGCAGCACGCCUUCAUGGCCAUGGCGCAGGUCACCGAGCCAGACAGUGCUGUGUACUACACCGACGGCUCGGCUGACCCUGACAGCGGAAGGACGGGGGCUGCUGCCAUCACCAGAGGGGCCGAGGUGUGUGAGAGGACUCCCGACCACUGCUCCACCCUGCAGACAGAACUGGUGGCCAUCCAGCUGGCCCUGGAGCACGCUCAACACCGGCGGGAGCGCACCGUGGUGCUCCACACCGACUCCAGAACGGGGCUACAGGCUCUCCAACAGCCGUAUCCCAGCGACAACGUGGGCCUCGUCACCGCCAUCCUGGGUAGCCUCCAGAGCCUCGCCGCGCAGGGGCGGCGGGUGAGGCUCAACUGGAUACCCAGCCACGUGGGAGUACGAGGCAACGAGGCUGCCGACGCAGCCAAGAGAGCUGCUAGUGGCCCCCAGGUGACAAGGCAUAUGCCGCCCAGCCUGAGCCAAGUGAGGGCGCGAGCCAGGCUCGCCGCAACCAAGCGCGCCCGCCACACGCACCGGCAGCUGGAAACAAGGAAGAGACAGGCAGCUUGGUACGCCUCCGCCACUGGCUACCAGUCGUUGGACGCCUCCCAGCUGCAGCCCAGAGCAGACAGCGUGUUGCUGCAACGCGUAAGGCUGGGCUAUUGCACCAGGGAACAGCUGUACGACGACUUUCGGGGGCAGGAGUGCGACCACUGCGGGAGGCACAGCCGCCACCCGCUAGUGCACUACCUACUGUCCUGUCCGGCCACCGCCGCCCUCAGACCAACGCCGCCACCACCGGCCCAUCCUGUAGGCGGUAGGCGGUGAUCUCAGCAGCCGCGAGGCCAGGGCUGCCCUCAUCGUCCGCCACACGCCCACAGACCUGAUGCUGCGAGUUCUCAGGGCAGCGCCCCCGCCCCGCUGAACAGGUCGCAGCUCCUUAUUCCGACCGGCGAGCAGCACUCCUCGCCGCGCCACCGCACGGCCCACCACCGGGACCCAAGACUCCCCCACCUGCGGGCUGGUGCCCGCUUUGUGUAUUAUGUGCACAUUCAUGUAUAUUUUUCUUUUUUGUGCAAUA